AUCCAGUAGGUCACAGGCUCGAAUCAAAUCCCAGGGUUUAGUUUUUGAAGAGAUGGUGAAACAUCGGGUGCGAAAAGGAUUAACAGAGUGUAGCGGGAUUGAUCAAAAAACGGAUGAAAUUGCGGAGCAGCAGAAGAUGACUAAAGCAGAAAUGGAACAAAAGAUGUCGAGAAUCUUGAAGCUAAUGAAGAACAAAGAUAAAAGUAGAGUGCUGAGAGAGUCGAAGAAGGAAACGGAAGUUGUUGGUUUAGUUGAAGAUCUAUACAAGAAUUACCAGUCUAUUUAUGAUCAAUAUGGUCAUCUACGAGAUGAAGCCGAAAGAAUUGUUAAAUCUGAAAAAGAAAACGAAGAGGAUAAGGAAGAUGUUUGUUCUUCAUCUUUAAGCUCUAGUUCCGACUCUGAUUCGGAGUACUUUUCGUCGGAGGAAGUAAAUACCAUUAGCAGUGUUCAUAAUUUACCGAAUGAACAGUCGAGUAACUGGUAUGUUCAAAUUCAAACGGAGGAACUAGAAAAGCAAAUUGUUCAAAAGAAUGAAGCCUUGGCUAAGGUUGAUUUCCUGCAUCGGGAAUUAGAUAGCGUACGAACCCAGAAACGCGAAAUGGAAAAUAGGAAGAACAAGGAGAUAUCUGAGAAUAUGGCUUUGAUAGGAAAUUUGAAAGAAGAAUUGGUCGAAAAGAUUGGAGUUGAAAAGAAGAUGCUGGAAGAAAAAGACAGAGUUCUUGCUCGGAGUAAGGAUCUGGAAAUGGAGAUAGACACUCUGCAUUACCGAAGAAGGGAAAUAGAAGAACAGAAUAUUCGGAUGAGAUCAGAAAAUCAAUGGCUCAACACUAAAAUUUCUGAACUGGAAAUGGCAUUGACGAGUAAAGAGACGGAAGCUUCUUCUCAGACGAUCGCGUUAAUGGAGCAAGUCAAGAAUCUGAAACAUACAAUAAACGGAUUGCAGACCGAAAAAACCAAAUUAGGGCAAGAAAUGGAGCAAUAUAAACAAGAAGUUUCUCACCGAUUUUCGAAAAUAGAGGAGGAAAACAAGAAAUUGAAAAGUAAAAUUGUUGAUCAGGAAACAAUCCUAAAGGAAAAGGAGGAAGCAAUAAUUAAAUUCAACGAGAAAUACAAGAAAGCGAAGAGUUGUUUACCUGACGUUGCUUCAAGCCUAAUAAAUACAGAGAGGAAGAUGGAAGAAUUAGCCGAGGACCUCCGUUGUGGCUUGGAAGAUAAAAUCCGUUUAUUGUCGCAGAGGAUCCUCGUCGCAGAGCAGCUACACAACGAAAGCAGAGAAAAUUUCAGAGUGAAAAACAAAAGACACGAGCAAGAGAAGAGACAGUUCGAACAAAAAAUUGAAAAACACGAAGAGGAACUAAUGAAACUCAGUAAUGUGAACGAAUUCGGAAUGGACAGAGUAGCAAGAAGAUUCGAAGAAGAGAGCGUCAAACUUCUAAAUCACAUAUUAUGGAUCACAAAGGAGCUCACAUUCGCAAAAUACUGGGUUAGAACGAGAAAUAACGAGUUAAAACAACUGAAAAUCAAUUUGACUCGAUUCGUUGCUCAGAUGGAAGAAAAAGAAGAACAAGAGUUCUUGUUAAGAGAGAAACUAUGGAAUCUAGAGGCGAAAAUAAGCAAAGAGGGUGGAGAGAAACUGAACCUAAUCAGAACCCUGGGGCAAUUCGAGAAAAAGAUGACAAAAAUGGAGAACUUAGUAAAGGAGAAAGAUGAACAAGUGUUCCGACUUGCAGAAGAAAAGAGAGAAGUGAUUCGACAAUUAUGCGUUGUGAUUGAUCACUAUCGAAGCCAGUCCGAUCAUCUCAAGGACACCAUGCUCGGGACGACGGUUAGAAACAGAAGAAUGAUUUGA